AUGUAUCAUAAAACAAUCAAAAACAACUUAAUCGUCAUUAUCAAUCAAGAUUACAAAGUGGAACAACUUAUAACACUACCCAACAUAUUGGAUAUUCUACUCUUAUAUUUAAUGAAGUGGAAUGAUUCAGUUUCAAGUUCAGCAUUUAGAGGUCAAAUUAAAAUGAGAUCAAAUUUACACUUAAGCAAAAUUAAUCUUACAUGAAGAGUGGAUUCUAAAUUCAAUUUAGAUAAUAGACAAGACUUAUCACUUUAAGAAACUAAUAGAAGAGCAACAAAUAUUAGAUUCUUUUAAUAGAUAAAUAGUUCUCAAUAGAAAUAAUUUGUAUUAAUCGGUAAUUAAGAAAAAUUGAUUCUAAUGAAGUGAAAAGAAGAAUGAAAUUUGAUCCAUAAGGUAAUCAUUAAUUAAUCUAUUUUUAAAUAUUGAAUAUAUCUAAUAUUGGAAAAACAUUUUAUUGA